AUGGGGAAAACGAAAACGAAUUUGCAAUCAAAUGCCGAUGUGAAGAUGGAGGUUGAUGAUGAUGUAAAGCCAUCGGUAAAUGAUUUGGGUGACAGCAUCGAACCGCCAAUGUCAGCUAAGGAUGAAUAUGAUGAACUUUGUACUAUGAUUAAUGCUAUUGCCCAUCCACUUGCUCCAAGAAAAGUAGCAAAGAAAAUUUACAAAUUAAUAAAGAAGGCUUCUAAGAAUAGGCAACAUUUGAGGCAGGGGAUGUGCGAUGUUCAAAAAGCUUUGAGAAGGAAUGAAACUGGUAUCGUUGUGCUUGCAGGUAAUGUAUCACCAGUAGAUGUUUAUUCACAUAUCCCAGGCAUAUGCGAGGAAAAAGAUAUUCCAUAUAUAUUUACACCAUCACGUGAGCACCUAGGAUUGGCUGCUGGACACAAAAGGGCGGCUAUACUACUUCUCAUAAAAGAAGAUUCAGAUUAUGCAGAUUUGUUCCAUGAAGUAUUUGAACUGAUCAAGAGGAUUACACCCGACGCUUGA